GAUAAAAUGCUACCUGCCCAGGAGGCUGCCAAAAUCUACCACACCAACUAUGUGAGGAACGCAAGAGCGAUCGGUGUGCUGUGGGCAAUAUUCACAAUCUGCUUCGCAAUCAUCGAAGUGGUGGUGUUCAUACAGCCGUACUGGAUCGGGGACAGCGUCAACACUCCCCAAGCCGGCUACUUUGGCCUCUUCCACUACUGUAUCGGCAACGCGCUGACCUCCGAGUUGAUCUGUAAGGGCAGUGCGCUGGACUUCGGCUCCAUCCCGUCGGGAGCCUUCAAGACGGCCAUGUUUUUCGUCGGAACGUCCAUGCUGCUCGUCGUGGGCUGCAUCAUCUGUUUCAGCCUCUUCAUGUUCUCGAACGCCGGGAGCGUCUACAAGAUAUGCGCGUGGAUGCAACUUGCCUCUGCUGUCACCAUGGUGAUGGGGUGCAUGAUCUACCCGGACGGCUGGGACUCGGAGGAGGUGAAGAGGAUGUGCGGGCUGCGGACGGAUAAGUACACCCUGGGGAACUGCACGGUCCGCUGGGCCUACAUCCUGGCCAUCAUCAGCACCCUGGACGCCCUUGUCCUCUCCUUCCUGGCCUUCGUCCUGGGGAACCGCCAGGACAAGCUCCUGCCCGACGACUUUGAGGUGGAGGGCGCGGAAAAACCUUGAGCCCCCUUGGUCUAGAGGCAGCAUGGAACCCUGGGACCUGUCGUCACAGCAACCACCCAUCAGAAUUCCAACCACCUUGUAAUGCAGCAGGGCUGGGGCUGCGGACAGGCAGCCGACGCCCCGGUUACCCGGGUUACCUCCAGGAGCUGACAGUGGUUCAACUUACCCCUCCAUACUUUAGUGUGCUUUAUUGGUUUCACAGACAGGUUUAGCGAUUGGACUGUAUCCUUAAGCAAACUACGAUUCAGGUUUGAUUCUGUGCCUUUCAAUUUCUCAACACCGGCUUUUAAAAUGCUGCUGUUCAGACCACCAUUACAGUGUGUUGUAAGUAUACCAUUACUGAAUGAGACGCUGCGUUUGUACCUUUUACCUUUUUUGGCUUAUGGUAAUAGUGAGUGGUAGACUUUUGUUCAUUGAGUCAGUGUGCCCAGCUUCAUGUAAAUGUACAAAGUAACCCAAAUCAGGAAACGUCUUCAACUGGUGUAAAUGACAGGACAUUUGAGGCUUUGAAAGAAUUUCACCUAGUUCAGAUGCAUUUCGAUCCUCCACUGUGGAAAGGUUGCAGUUGCUAAGAAACCCUACUCAUUACACCCUGUGACUGAUAUGCAUCUCAACUCAACCGUGUGUCGCUACUACAUUCUGAGAGUGGGUGUAGCUGUCCCAGUCAAGCAAAAUGUGUGUCAAUUUGCCCAGGACAAGACGGGGACAUGGAAAAGGUUUGCAUGUUGCACACCCUCCCCUAUUUUCAGUGCACCAACCAAUUUACCAUCAAACUGCUUUUCAGAUAGUUUCCCUGUAACUGAGCAACUAUAAACUGAGGAGUCCAACAAGCUUUAGUGAUAGGUCAAUGAGAUUAAAUUAUAUUUGCUACACAAUGCCACUCAUACAAUGAAGAAUGAAAUGGACAGAACGGCUUUUUGGUCAAUUAAGUAGGCCUGCUUUAGGCCAAUGAAAAGCUGGAUAUAAUGCACGAGGUCAGUUUGUUUCAUCGGUUUAAACUACAGGCUACAGCCCUCAAGUACAGUUACACAGGCGUGGAUUCACUUUGCUGCAAAGUCAUCAAAUAAAGGGCCAGAUAUAUAAAGGGUGACACGCAGGUACAAAGUGUGCGAAUACUACCCCCUGGUGUAUGUUUGUGUUAUUGUUCUCAAGUCGACUGAAGACAAACAACAAGGUAGAAAGUGUUAAAGGUACAAUAGGUAAGGUUUUUGCGUUAAAACAUUGUUACAAGACCAUUGUAUCAAUGACCUAUCAUUGAAAAAGGCUCACUGACAUGUUGACUCACCCACUGCCUGUGUUUAUUGUCGUCAAAUUUGGGUUUCAAGAUGUAGUUUACAGGCCGUCACUCUGUACCAAAACACUGUAUAACUGUACAAUAAUUAAAGCUCAUUGGGUUCUAAUUUCCACAGCCAAUGGCGUUAGUGGUGGGGGGUGGGGUUUAAACGUCAGUGUGUUCACAGAGAAGGGGGAGGGAUAAACAGUGCUGUGGCUUGAGUGUUCGUUGCUGCAAUUCCUCUCUUGAUCGUUAGAAAUGACCUAUUGUACCUUUAAGGUCUUUGUGGUAUAAGGACAUGGUUAUUGUUUGUGAAACUGGAAAGUUACCAGUGCGUGAUUACCAAUUGCAGUUAAGUUGUCAAGCUUUGUGUCAAUUGUAAUGCCUCUAAACUGUUCCAGUGGCUAACACUGUACUCUGC